CAAAUAUUUGACUUUUAGCUUUCUUUGAUUUGUAACCCUAUUGUCCAAUGUUCAGAAUCAGAUGCUAAAUGAGCUACUGACCUAGAAAAGAAUUAGCGCGCUUUAUGCUUACACCCGGUCAGUGGAAUUAGCGCACGUUAUGUACGAACACGUGGCUUAUAAUGACUGAAGCACAUACGAAGAAGGCUUCCCGGAAACGGUCAGGAAACAGCAGAAAUGAAACAAUUCUGACUUUCUUUCAGCCCAAGAGGUUUGUGAAAUUGUGACUGGUGUGCUCUUGCUGUCUGUACUAGCUAGCUAGUAACUGUAGGAUGUCACCAGGUCGAGGGCAGAUUCUCCCAUUUCAGUUGGUACAGAAGGGCAUGUGAUUACGGAUUCCGAAUCGGCGUCUACGGUAGGCAUUAGCGAGAAUGCUGAGUCUGAGUUUGCUUCUGCCUCGGAGUCACUAUGUCUAUCUCCUUCGGCACAUGUCCUUGCCGAGAGCAGUUACGAGAGCAGUUUCAGUAGUUCCGUAGCAACUGUAGAUCUUUCCAUGGCCAGCAGCGGGCCUGUGUCACCGAAAACUGCUGUAGCACCUGCACUCAUAUAUGCAGAUUCUGAGCUGGAAGUAGAUCUAGAUUGUGGAUCACCGACAAAUCCCGAGACGGACUGUGCCGAGGAUGCACCAGGCGCCAUGAAAGGUUUACAAUCACCUGCAGGUACACGAAAUAUCUAUUAUCUUGUAACACAAUUUCGUCGGUACAGUACUCUAACUAAUUAUUGCAUGUAUGUUCCGCUCACAGAUCUGUCACGCCAUAUUGGAGAUAGGCCUGCGCAGCCCCUCCUGUCAAAAUUUCCAACAACUAAGUUCGGCUCGAAACAUCGCUCCUUCUCUCCUGAAUGGUACAAGGCAUUCACGUGGGUAGAAUAUUCCAUAGCGAAAGAUGCAAUAUACUGCUACCCCUGCCGUCACCUCAAGGUAGGAGCAGUUAGUCGAGUUGAUCCAGCAUUCACUACAAUUGGUUUUCGGGGAUGGAAGAAGGCUAAGGGUAAAAGUGGAGCCCUGAAACAGCACGCGGAAUCCGCGAACCACCGAGCGAACAUGCAAGUAUGGCAACAACGUCUUGUUGCAGAAAGAGAAAAGGUUCAAUUCGGUGUGGACUACCAACUACGGGAUGUGGAAGAAGAGGAGAUUAUGCUUAAUCGGCACUACCUGAAGUCAGUUAUGACAGUGAUUCUCACCCUUGCGCGACAAAAUAUACCACUGCGAGGACACCACGAAUCAGAGACGUCGGAGAACCCAGGAAAUUUUAGAGCUAUUUUAGACCUCCUAGUCAAUCAAGACGCUCGCUUGCAGCAGAAGAAGAAUAGCCUUCCUAGAAAUGCCAGAUACCUAUCACCUAAUGUCCAAAAUACCAUACUGGAUAUACUUGGAAAGAUGGUGAAGGACAAGAUUUGCUCCGAGUUAAAGGCAAGUGGAGCUUUCACGCUCAUGGCAGACGAAACACGUGAUGUCAGCAAAAGCGAACAGCUGUCCUUGGUUGUGAGAUAUGUUUUUGAAGGCAAUGUGUGUGAACGGUUCCUAGGAUUCGUUGCUUUAACCGAUCUUUCUGCAGCGGGAAUCGCCCACUCUAUUACGAAAUCACUGGGUGAGAGUAGCAUUGAUUUGUCAAUGUGUGUUUCUCAGAGUUAUGAUGGAGCGAAUGUAAUGAGCGGCGAGCAUGGAGGCGUCCAGGCGAAAAUCAAGACUAUGUGUCCUCAGGCUACUUACUGUCACUGUUAUGCACACCGUCUGAAUCUGGCUCUCGUAGACUGCUGCAAAACUAUCCCAGUCGCUUACGAAUAUUUUUCACUUCUGAAUUCCCUUUACGUUUUCGUAUCUUCGUCGGCCGUUCACUGCGUACUUGAAUGUGUUCAGGAGAAUAUGAAGGAAAUCAAUUCCUCGUAUAAACCGGUUCAUCUUAAACGGUUAUCAGACACAAGGUGGACAUGUAGGGUAGACAGUGUAAGAGCUGUACACGACGGGUACAAAGCAAUCAUAGAGACUCUUCGUCGAGUUUCUGAGGGGAACAACAAGGAUCGUGCGGUGCAGUCCAAAGGAUUACUAAGUCAGAUUCAGUCUCUACAGUUCAUUGCUUGUACCGUCAUAUUUAAGAAAGCUCUCCUACUGACAAAGGGGUUUCAGAUGUACUGCAGAGUAAGCAACUUGAUCUAG